AUGAUGGGCGAGGAUGAGCUCGGUCAGCCUGAAGCCAUGCUAGGUUGGGCCUUCGAGUCGGAUGUGUGGCAGGUGGUCCGAGUCAGUGCGAACCACGCUCUGUGUGGUGGCGUAGCCGGCGCCAGCGCGAUGGCGCUGCAAAUCACCUCCCUGAUGUGGCUGCGUACAAUCAUGAACUUCCAAUAUCGAUAUGGGCUGAGCAUGCGUGAAGCCACGCACGCGCUCUACACCCAGGGUGGGAUCCGGCGUUUCUACCAGGGGAUUAGCCCGGCCCUCGUUCAGGGUCCGCUGAUGCGCUUCGGUGACUCUGCCUCGAAUGCUGGGGUGCUGGCGUUUUUCGGCGCGACGAACAGGGAGGACGUUCCGGUUUGGUUCCAGACAAUCUUUGCCUCGGCAUCAGCUGCGAGCAUACGCAUCGCGCUGAUGCCUGUAGAUGCUGUGAAGACUGUCUUGCAGGUGGAUGGGAAACAAGGCCUUUCUUCUCUGCUUCGUCGUUUCCACACAGGAGGAUCGUCCGUUCUGUUUCGGGGCGCCAUGGCCUCCUCUGCAGCCACCUUCGUGAGCCACUACCCCUGGUUCACGGUGUUCAACCAACUCAAUGAUUUCCUGCCCCACUACGACACACGCUCGCAGCAGCUGCUGCGCAACGCAAGCAUUGGCUUUUCGGCCUCUGUGGUCUCCGACACCGUGUCGAACUCCCUGCGA